AUGUCUGUCAACUCACAAAAAGAUAAAAUCAGAUGUUUCUGCUCAAAAUGCAAGAUAGGUGGUGGUAAAACUAUCAGUAGGCGCACAUAUGCAUUACAUUCUAAAAAUGACAUAAUACCUCAGUCAAAUCAAUCGAAUAUUAUAAUCCAGAACGACGUUACUAUUCCUGAUAGUAUUCUUGUAAAUGAAUUGCAAUCUACUGUCUCAUCAUCUGAGCAUAUUGUUUCCAAUAGUAAUAGUACAGAAUCUCCAGCGAAAAGACAUUGCAUAAGAGGAGCGUUAACAAAUCUUCAUGAAUAUGAAGGUAAUGACAAUGACAGCGAUGAGGAUAACUCACCAGGGAACUCUCCAUAUGGAACAGAGAGUGAGAUUCAGUUAGUAGACGUGGAUAAUGAAAAUGAAGAUAUUAAUAUCAUCCCUACCAUAACCAGUUCAUCUAACUGGAGACCAUCAUAUAGACAUGUCAAGCUACCAUCUACACCACCAGUGCUUUCUCAGAGUCUAGCAAUCAGAUGGGUAUUGUUUUGGGUAUUCACCUUCCAGCAAGCUUUUGCAUUACCAAAGGCAGCAAUUUCUAGUUUACUAAAUUUCCUCAGCUUUUUGUUCCUGAAACUAAACAAUAAUGAGUACGAAGGAUUUCCUGGCACUAUAUACAAAGCAUAUAAUAUGUUCAAUUACGAUGAUGAAAUAUGCAAGUACUAUGUCUGUCCCCAGUGUCACUCACUCUAUAAUCCGAAAACAACUCCCUUAAACACUGAUGACCAUACACAGUGUACAAAAGCAGAUUGUAAGACAUUAUUAACAAAGGCUGUCCGAACAAGCAAGUCACCGAUGAAAUAUAAGCCUAUUAGAGUUUAUCCAUACAAGGGCAUUAUGCGGCACUUAGCAAUAUUACUACAGACACCUGAUUUCGAACAAUUGCUGGAACAUCCAUAUGAAUACAACUCAAUUCCUGGGGUCUUAUCUGAUAUAUAUGAUGGUCGCAUAUGGAAAGAAUUUAAAGAUGACUGUGGGGAACUGUUCUUUAUUAGAAGUGAAACAGAUAUCAAAUUAGGCUUUAGUUUAAACGUGGAUUGGUUUUGUCCAAGCAAACACAUUAGGACAUCAGUUGGUGCAAUAUACCUUUCUAUACUUAAUCUUCCUCGACAUCUUCGCUAUAAAAAGAUAUAUACUUUGCUAAUAAGUAUUAUACCAGGACCUCAUGAACCUGAUGCUGAUCAAAUUCAAAAUUACCUUGAACCCUUUGUCGAUGAGUUACAGCAGCUAUGGCAGGGACAACUUUUUCUUACAAGAAAUUUUCCUACAGGAAAAAUGGUUCGCGGUGCAUUGGUUUUAAUUGCUUGUGAUGUACCUGCAGCACGCAAAAUUUGCGGAUUUGCAGGACAUUCUUCAAAAUUUGCCUGCUACAAGUGCACUCAGGCGACCGGUGACAACUCGUCAAUAAGUACCAGUGAUUUCUAUUCUGUAUAUCCAAGGAAAAAUAUAGACGAAUACAAAGCAUUAGCAUAUGCUUACAGAUUCGGUAGCAAGGCAGAACGUCAGAAUAUCUUCAAUAAAUACGGAAUUAGGUGGUCUGAACUACAUCGGUUACCUUACUUCGAUGCCUUUCGCUUUACAUGCAUUGAUCCUAUGCAUAACCUUUUCCUGGGAACCUCGAAAAGAAUGUUAGAAAAGGCAUGGUUAUCCACGAACAGAAUCAACAACAAACAAUUAAAAUCAAUUCAGAGGAUCAUCGAUUCAAUACCCGUACCAUCAGAUAUCGGCCGAAUUCCGCACAAGAUUGCAUCGGGAUUUGCAGGCUUUACUGCUGACCAAUGGAAAACGUGGGUAUUGAUAUAUUCAACAUGUGCCUUACGUGACAUUCUCGAAGAAGAUGAUAGGCGGUGCUGGCAGCAUUUUGUCAGGUGUGUUACAUUAUGGAGUCAGAGAAUAGUGACGAUUAAUGAAGUAGACCAGGGCGAAGAGCAUAUGUUAGCAUUUUUACGCGAAGCAGAAAGCUUGUAUGGUGAGCGUCUUAUUACGCCUAAUAUGCACUUUCAUACACACCUGCGAGAAUGCAUCGUCGAUUAUGGACCUUUUUAUAGCUUUUGGUGUUUCGCUUAUGAGCGUAUGAAUGGGGAUCUUGUCCUACAACCAAACUCGAAUCGAUCAAUGGAGAUAGAGGUGAUGGCAAGAAUUAACCAUCAGGUUAACGUGGCACAUGCAUUUACCGCAGCAUCAAACGAAAUUCCACAUGAUAUCGUAGUAUUGAUCAACUCACUUUGUUCACCCAUUAAUAACGGAAGAGGAACCCUAAGGAAUUACAAUUUUGCAGCUGAAGAAAUGCUUGCUUUUCGGGAGAUGUCUCUACUUCUUAGUGCUAUAAAUGUCACGGGAACCGAACGCUUUCCAGGGGAAUUGAGCGGACGUUAUUAUGAAGCAACAUUAGAUGGUAGGAUGUUGGACUUGUUGAAGGACUACUAUGAGAUGGUGUAUGCAGAUUGUGGCUAUAAGUUCCGUAAUGGAAUUAACGAUAUAAGCGGAAGUUGUAUCUAUGUAUCUUCAACUAUUUUUCAAGCAAGUGCCUUACGUGUUGGUGAUGAAAGUUUUGGAUCUUUGUUGUCUGGGUCAGAUUUAAAUGCGUGCGUUAUUGCAGGUUUCUUGAACGAUGAGGAUAAUGUCUCUUAUUACCCAGGAGAGGUUGUCUACUAUUUUAGGCAUCGUUUGACGCUGCCGGAAAUGAAUUCACAGAGUGCUAACACGCGGAUUGCUGAUCAUUAUUUAUGCGUAGUUGAUUGGUAUAAGCCAUCCAGACAUCGAGCGUAUUUUAAUGUACCUUCGCAACAGCAACUACUUACUGAUGAGGGCGAUUUUGAAAAACUUUAUCACACAGAGCUUUGGGGUGCCAAAUGUACAAGAGGAACGUACGAAAAUAUUCUACCAGUCCAGCGGCUAGUCUGUCGUUUUGUGAAAGGAGAGUAUCAAGUAAAAGGACAACAAGACAAAUUGAACGUCGUUAUACCCCUGCGCCGAAAAUGUUCAUUUUAA